AUGGCAGGUCCAGAACCCGAGUAUAUAGAGCUUUCAAACUACUCGUCAGUUCCAGUGGCCGAGUCUCUGGCUCUGGAAAGUAAAGGCACUCUGGAAAGUAAAGGCGAUGGUUACUCCAGAUGGAACUUCUCCACGCUUCAGACGCAAUUGGUUUUGCUCAGAUUGGCCAUUAUCAGUGACGAGGAGUUUGGAACAAUGCUUACUUUGGACGAUGUGCGACUCACCCGAGAUUCCGUAUACAUGAUGGACAGAAUUGCCGAGAUGCCAAUUCCAGAAGCAAUCUCAAUUAUACGAAAUGCACUUGUAGAUCAUAAUGGAGAUGUCAAUUUCCUACAUGAAGAUUACCGACUCUUGGAGCGGUUAGUAGCUGUGAUACCAUCAGAUUAUGAAGAAGGAAAUGAAAAUAAACAGACUGGAGAGUUCGAUGAAAUGCAAAAAGAUUCAUCAACGUUUCCCGAAAAUUUCAAAAACAAAGUAUAUCUUCUGGUGAUCGAUUGGGAUGUACAGAUCCGAUUAGAAGCAGCACUCAUUCAUUACCAUUCACCGUAUCCUGAGAUCAGGGCGAUUACAGACCCCUGCGAUGAUCCUAGUAUCCCUGUGGAGACAUUGCGUGUCUAUGUGAUAGGAUUAUUCUGGACUUUAAUAGGUUCUAUUAUUAACAACUUCUUUGUCCAUAGAAUGCCUAGUAUCUACUUGAGCUCCCACACUGUACAGAUCCUCUUGAUGCCUACUGGAAAACUCUGGGAAAAGUACGUACCACAUAAAAGGAUCCGAUUUAUGGGCCAUUUCAUAGAGUUGAACCCGGGGCCAUGGACAUACAAAGAGAUGAUGUUGAGUACAAUUAUCUUUCUGUGUUCAGCAGGUACACCCUACCUGGUCUACAACAUAUUCGUGUUGAAGUUGGAGAGAUUCUAUGGCUUAAAGUGGGUUAGCUGGUUAUACCAAGUGUUGUUGGCAUUCUCGACGCAAUUUCUCGGCUUUGGGUUUGCAUUAUUGAUGAAGAAAGUCUGCGUGUAUCCCAAUAAGGCAUUGUGGCCAACUAUUCUUCCCACUAUUGCCUUGAAUAGAGCAUUGAUGAAGGAAGAAAGCAUGGAUAACGUUGUCCACGGGUGGAGAAUUUCCCAGUUCUCGUUCUUCUUUGUUGUCAUGAGCAUGAGCUUUGUGUACAACUGGAUUCCUUCGUACUUCUUCACUGCGUUGUCUCAAUUCAAUUGGCCAACUUGGUUCAGUCCUAAUCUGAUUCAUUUGGUCAACGUUACCGGCUCUACGGCCGGAUUAGGGUUGAAUCCAUUACCGACAUUUGACUGGAAUAUUCUCGAUUCUGGAGGAUGUCUCACAAUUCCAUUCUACACCUAUGCUAACAGAUACAUAGGCUCGAUACUUGCAUUUUUCAUCAUCAUAAUUGUGUACUAUACUAACAACAAAUGGACGGGUUACAUUCCUAUAAAUUCCAAUAGGCUAUUUAAUAACAAGGGCGAGUUGUACAAAAUUCAUGAUAUCUUGAACGACGACAAUGUCUUCGACGAUGCCAAAUAUAGACAGGUUGGACCGCCAUAUUUCUCCGCUGCUAAUUUGGUUUUAUACGGUGCUUACUUCUGCUUGUAUCCGUUUGCUAUUUUGUACCAUUUUGCUACUGAAUGGGAUUCGAUGAAGUCUAGUUUCGUCAAUGUCUGGAUAUCGAUGAGGGAUUCAUUCAAGCCAGAAAAAAACACUAACAUCUACGGUAGAUACGCCGACGACCCCCAUUGCAAGAUGAUGUCGAAAUAUAAGGAUGUUCCUGACUGGUGGUUCAUGGUAAUCUUGAUUACCAGUACUGUUUUUGCAUUGCUCAGCGUGAUCUUCUACCCUACCGAAACGCCUGUGUGGGGAAUCUUUUUCACUAUUUUGAUCAACCUCAUCUUCUUGAUUCCCUUGACAUCUAUUGCAUCUGUCACGGGGUUCUCGUUUGGCUUAAAUGUACUUGUGGAGCUCAUUGUUGGUUAUGCUAUACCUAACUCGGGCCUUGCUUUAAUUACAUUGAAGAGCUUUGGUUACAACAUAGAUAGUCAGGCCAGUAACUAUAUCACAGACCAGAAGUUGGCUCAUUACUCUAAGGUGCCACCUCGUGCGAUAUUCAGAGGUCAGUUAGCAUCUACCUUCUUGAGUGUGAUUGUGGCAUUGUUGAUAGCCAACUGGCAGAUGGACAAUGUGGCUGAUAUCUGCGACCGUCACCAGAAAGACAAGCUCAGUUGUCCCGGUGCUAAUACGUACUUCUACUCUAGUAUCCAGUACGGAGCAAUCGGCCCGGCCAAAGUUUUCAGCGGUGUGUACCCAGUAUUGAAGUGGUGUUUUCUUCUAGGUGCAUUACUUGUGCUCCCAUGUGUAUGGUUCAAAAACAACGGCCCCAAGAAGCUCACAAGAUACUUCCAGCCUACGGUGAUUAUUGGUGGUUUUCUCGACUACGCCCCGUACAACAUACUGUACUUUACCGGUGGCUUGUAUGUGUCAUACGUGUUUAUGUACCAUAUCAAGAAGAACUACCUCUUGUGGUGGGAGAAAUACAACUAUAUUCUUACUAGUGCCUUGUCGGCUGGUGUCGCCUUUAGUGCGCUCGUGAUCUUUUUUACUGUACAAUUCCACCCUCAUCCACUCGAAUGGUGGGGCAACCUGGUCGGCGAGAUGGGCAUAGACGGCGGCCAUGGUCGGCAACAAUGGCUCGACGUACAGCUGGCACCUGAAGGAUACUUUGGGUUGCGAAAAGGUCAUUUUCCCUAG